AUGUCUCAGGCCAGAAGGGUUCGUGGGCAAAUUCUGUGUCGGAGACGACGACCUAUACAUAAAGGUUUGACGAAUCAGGCGCUCGUGAGGCAAUGGGGUGACGUUGCACCGCUCAAACAAACAAACCAAAAAACACGCAUCACAAAACUGUUUUCUGUUCCUACCUUUUGUUCCCCUUAUAGUUUUUACCGGGAGUCUCAUAGUUCACUUUACCGAUGCUGGUUCCACGUGUGUUUCUUCUCCUUUCUCUUGAUAGCCGCCGGACAAAGGGCAGGCUUCUACGGUCCCUGA